AUGGCAGGAAUGAAUGGAGGGUCCGAGAGAGAGGCAUGGAGAGCUCAUGCCUCGAUGGCGUUAGUGCAACUCAUCAAUGGAGGCUAUCAUGUAAUUACCAAAGUAGCCCUCAAUGUUGGUGUCAAUCAGCUAGUCUUCUGCGUCUUCCGCGAUCUUCUUGCCCUCUCUAUUCUUGCCCCCGUCGCCUAUGUUCGUGAAAAAAGGAUUCGACCUCCUAUGACUAAACGCCUCCUCCUAUCAUUCUUCUUUCUUGGGUUAACUGGGAUAUUUGGCAAUCAGCUUUUAUUUCUCAUUGGUCUGAGCUACACAAAUCCAACUUAUGCUGCUGCCAUACAGCCUUCAAUUCCAGUCUUUACCUUUCUCUUGGCUGUGAUGAUGGGUACAGAAAGAGUGAAUUUGCUCAAAACUGAAGGUCAAGCGAAGGUUGGAGGUACCCUAAUCUGUGUUUCUGGUGCAAUAUUAAUGGUUCUGUUUCGUGGUCCAGCUUUGCUUGGACACAAGGAUGCAGACUUUUCUGCACAUAAUGAUAUAAGCGCCAGGGGUCAACCAGAGCCUGCUGGAUGGCUUAUGUCUAGUUUUCUCGAGUAUGGACUUGAACAUUGGCAUAUUGGAGUUUUAUGCCUGAUAGGGAACUGUAUGUGCAUGGCUGCUUUCCUGGCCAUUCAGGCUCCAGUUUUAGCCAAGUAUCCUGCCAACAUUUCUGUCACAGCAUUUUCCUAUUUUUUUGGUGCUGUAUUGAUGGUAGCAACUGCAUUCCUUAUGACCAAUGAAUCAACAGACUGGAGUCUGACACAAUCCGAGCUUUUUGCGGUCUUGUAUGCUGGAAUUGUUGCAUCGGCUCUUAACUAUGGAAUGCUGACAUGGUCGAAUAAGAUCUUGGGGCCUGCUUUAGUUGCUCUUUAUAAUCCACUUCAACCUGCAGCAUCAGCUUUUCUUUCAAGAAUUUUCCUCGGAAGUCCAAUUUAUUUGGGAAGUGUUAUCGGGGGGUUUCUAAUAAUUGCUGGUCUAUAUAUGGUCACUUGGGCAUCCUACAGAGAAAAACACACAGCUGUCGGGAUCGUGCCUCAGGUUGUUCGGUCCUCUGAGCCUCUCAUUCACAAAGAUGCAUCAGUCAACAAGAACCCGUACCAGAGAGGACACAUUUUCUCAGGGUCAUCCAUCUUAUUACAAAAACCAAGUGAUUAAUUAUGUAAUUUAGAUGUGAUGUAAGGUUUUAUAAGAUCUUUUUUGAAACAGCUAUAAUAUACUGAGAUCAAAUGGUGUCACUUGGCAUGUGUUUCAACUUUGAUUGGUAACAGAAGAGAGAAAAAUCAUUGAAUACAUCUUCAAAAGGCAACAACAUAGGACAUGCUGAGGCUUUGCUGGUUUGCUCCUUCAUGCUGUCUUAUUUUGUUCUAGGAAACUCAGUUUUUUCACACUUUGAUGACUUGUAAACUCAAUGCAAUAAAUUUAUUUUUCUUGGAUUGGCAA